AUGACUACGCAGGACAGGGUACGCGAGGAGACAUGGCGGAGUUCGAUUCCUAUCCAAGUUUCCAUUAGGGCACCUGAGACGUACGAUGAGUACACUUAUUUAUUGAUGGCUAGACGUAAUUUGUUUUUACCAUGCUAUACGCCUAAGAUUGUGGCCUAUUUUAAACGCUAUCUCGCGAUUGAGGACGCCAGCGACGACGAGUGGUGGUAUUCGCACGGCGACAUGCCAUUGCAAUGGUCAAGACCAGUUGGAGUUCUGUACGAUACGUUGGCGGCGGGUGAGCCAGUGUGGAAUAUCAGAAUACGUCAUUCCGGCUACCCAGAGACCAUCCUACCCAUCUCCAACGACAUUCUAACCGACUUUUGGCGGAACCAGUUUAAAGAGGCGUGCUACACUCGCGACGGAAAUGCCAAUGCCAUUAUGAAUCUUGCUCGCGACAAGUCUCAUGCUCUAUUUGUUGCUGCUACAGACCCCUCUGCAUCGCAUCGCGAUUUUUGGGCGAUCGCGGACCCGCUGCUUCGGCCACAGCCGCUGAAUAUACCAAUACGGAUCUAUGAACCACUCAAAAUGGCUCCACUUCGCAAAUCAAUGAGACCCUUUGAGUCUGACGGCGAAGAGCGGUCCCUCGGAGCUGUUCUCAAUCUAUUGCUGCCAGAACUCUUCCCAUCCGCAAGAUCAUGUUCUGAGCUCGUCCCGCUCGUCCAUGGUGUGCCUAUUGAUUUGUGGGCCCCGAUCAUUGAGCUAUACAAAACCACCAUGUGCGUGGAUGGGUUCUUGCAUAUAACCCUCUCAACGCACACUGCUUAA